AUGGUGGCCACGCCGAUGACUGGAGGUCCCACGGCCGUCGCAUCGGCUGUUCCGCCAGCUCGACCCUCGCCCACAGCGGGACCCUCAAAUAACGCCACGAUAAAGAUGAAGAUGGCGGCUGUAUCGGCUCCGGGUACAUUGAAUGGGCCGCCUUCUGGCAAUAAUCAUAGCAUCCCGCUGAGUGCCCGCCGAGCGGAGGCGUUGGAUUUGUCAACGGUAGAGCGGAAAGGAGAGAGGCCAGAGACGCCACAAAGGCACAGAAUAUUUGACAUCCCAAAUGCGCCAACUUAUCGGCCGACCGAAGAGGAAUUUCGCGAUCCGAUGGAGUACAUGCGCAAGAUUGCCCCCGAGGGCAGCAAAUACGGCAUUGUGAAAGUUAUCCCUCCCGACAGCUGGAAUCCGACUUUUGCGAUCAAUACCGAGGUAUGUUAUAUAUUCUGAGGCUUGCAUUGGGCAAUAUCAUCAAUUAUAGACCGUCCGACUGACAUGAGGUUGGAAUAGCGUUUUCACUUCCGCACCAGACGUCAAGAACUCAAUUCGGUCGAGGGCGGCAACCGUGUCAACAACGACUACCUCGAUCAGCUGGCGAAAUUUCAUAAGCAGAAUGGACACAACCUCAACCGCUUCCCUAGCGUAGACAAGCGACCUCUCGAUCUGUAUCGUCUCAAGAAAACAGUCGAGCGCAAAGGUGGCUUCGAGCAAGUGUGCAAGGGCAAGAGAUGGGCUGAAGUCGGUCGGGAUCUUGGCUACAGUGGCAAGAUUAUGUCUUCGUUGUCGACAUCUUUGAAGAAUUCAUAUCAGAAAUGGCUUCUUCCGUAUGAGGAGUACCUGAGGCUAGCCAAGCCUGGCGUCCACCAACAGUUGGAGAUAAUGAACGGAGGCCCAUACACUCCGUCGCCGGGUCCCUCACCAGCCAAGAAGCCUUUGGGGGCAUCGCCAGAGCAGCAUGCGCCCACGAUGCAAGCAUCUGCUGCCCUCCAUGCAUCCAUCAAUGGCCACAGCCCUCACCCGCCACCCUCUCAGCCGGAGACUCCUCAGCAAAUCCCGCACGGGCUCCCUGAUGUCCCUGCUCCUCCGCCGCUCUCUCAACCGCAGCACCAGCAGCCGCCACCGCCGCCACCGCAACAGCAACCAAGCACCGGUGGCUUUACUCCAGUCAACGCAGGCGGCUUCACUCCCGUCAAUGCUCCCUCCCAGACUACCUCAUUUACAUCGGUUAAUGGAAUGAACGGCGUUUCUCAUUCGAAUAGUGCAACACCGCAACGAUCAAUGGAAGCAACGCCAACAAGUUUGAGUCAGCAGUUCAUUGCACCACACCCUAACGGCGUUGCGGCAUUGAAGAGGCAACAUAGCGAGUUGACUCCAGAAGAAGUAGAAAUGAUGAACAGAAGGAGUAAGCGCUUACGCAAAGAUGUGCCGACUGUAGUGGGCAGCAAUAUGCAUCACUCACGAAUGUCCUCAAAUCGAACGCCGACACCGCGCGAUCGAGGAGAUCACAAGCCCGGUGAAGUCUGCGAGUCUUGUGGUAAGCCUGACGAACCGCACAAGCGUCUGCGAUGCGAGACUUGCGAGGGCUCGUACCACAUGUACUGUCUAGAGCCUCCAUUGAAGCAGCCGCCCGACCACGAGUUCCACUGCCCACGAUGUCUGGUUGGGACCAACGAGUAUGGCUUUGAGGAGGGGGAUGUCUAUUCGCUUUCGGGAUUUCAGCGCAGAGCGAACGAGUUCAAAACACAUCACUUCAGUACCCUGCCGCGUCAAUACAGUCCAUUCAACGAGACGAAGCGGCACCUUGAGGAGGAAGAUGUGGAGCGGGAAUUCUGGCGACUGGUCGAGGAUCUUUCAGACGCGACGGAGGUUGAAUACGGUGCAGACAUCCAUUCUACAACACACGGAAGUGGGUUCCCGACGAUAGAACGUCAUCCUCGCGACCCGUACUCGAGCGAUCCAUGGAAUCUGAAUAUCCUGCCACUGGACAAGGAGUCGCUAUUCAGGCAUAUCAAGUCCGAUGUGUCUGGCAUGACUGUACCGUGGCUGUACGUUGGAAUGAUUUUCUCUACGUUCUGUUGGCACAACGAGGACCAUUACACCUACUCGGCAAAUUACCAGCAUUUUGGGGAGACCAAGACGUGGUAUGGCAUACCCGGCGAGGACUCAUACAAGUUCGAGCAAGCAAUGAGGGAGGAGGUUCCGGAGUUGUUUGAGACGCAGCCGGACCUUCUAUUCCAGCUGGUCACGCUUGCCAAACCAGAGAAGUUGCGAAAGGCCGGCGUACGCGUCUACGCCAUCGACCAGCAUGCUGGCCAGUUCGUGAUUACCUUCCCACGGGCCUAUCAUGCAGGCUUUAAUCACGGCUUCAAUUUCAACGAAGCCGUCAACUUUGCACCUCAUGACUGGGAACCAUUUGGCGAGGAAGGUGUUAAGAGGCUUCGAAACUACCGAAAGCAGCCCUGCUUCUCCCACGAUGAAAUGCUGCUGACUGCAGCUUCGCGCGACAAUACUAUCAGAACUUCGAAAUGGUUAGCCCCUGCGCUGGAAAGAAUGCGGGAUGAUGAGCUGGCUGCACGACAGCUCUUUCUUACCACCCCAGACCCUGAUUCAGGUGUGGCUCCAGCUGAGCCUUACUUAGGUCCUCGGUACAAGAAGGAGCCCGAGAUCAUCGAUCCUAGCACUGAAGAAGAUGAAGUCAUCUGCAUAUUCUGCAAAGCUUAUUGUUAUCUGUCUCGAUAUAUCUGCAAGAAGACCGGCAAGGUGCUUUGCCUCUUACAUGCCGGACAUUAUGAAUGUUGCGAUGGACUUGAGUUUGAGCGGUUUUCUGGAAAUAACGGCGAACACGAACUUUCCUAUCGAAUGACCGACGACGUACUCAAGACGACGGUUGCAAAAGUUGUCGAUAAGGCGAACAUUCCCGAGUCUUGGGCUGCCAAGGUCGACAAGGAGCUUGAAGAGAACCCACGCCCAAACCUGAAGCACCUUCGGACUCUCUUGACCGAAGGUGAGAAGAUCCAAUACGAGCUUUCGCAGCUGCCAGAUUUGAGACGCUUCGUUGAGCGGUGCAACGAGUGGGUCGAGGAAGCCACUGUAUACAUUACUCGGAAGCAGACGAACCGGCGCAAAAACGAGAAGGCUUGGCGCAAAAGCUCUGCCAAGGCAGCCGAGGCCGAAGAACGCGACAAGGAACUGCGAAAAGUUUCCAAUAUCGAGAAUCUGCUCGCGACUGCAGACAAGAUCGGCUUCGAUUGUACCGAGAUUAACACGCUUCGGGAGCGUGCCGACAACAUCAAAGCAUUUCAAAAGGACGCCACAGCCGCGCUGACCAACAUCCAUGGCCACACUACAGCAGACUUCGAAGAACUCGUAGUAAGAGGAAAGGAAUUCCAGGUCGAUAUUCCAGAAAUCGAUGAUCUGGAGCGUGUCCUACGUCGUCUACGGUGGAAUGACAUGGCCAAGGAGAAGCGACCCAAUGCGGAGACUGGACGUCAAGACGAGACUCUAUCCGAUAUCGAGAGUUUCAUUGAGUCUGGUGUGGAGAUUGGUGUUCCGGAAACAAAUCCCGACAUUUCGUUCUUCAGAGAGCACCGAGCGCAGGGAGAAUUGUGGGAGAAGAAGGCCAAAGAGCUGAUGUCAGUGGAGCAGGUCCAUUACCAACAACUAGAUGCACUUUCUCGGCAAGCUUCUUCGCUGCCAGUCACUCCAGAGACUUUGGCGGCUGUAGAAGGCAUCUUAAAGAAGCAGCGUGAGCUUCAAGAGAAGAUCGUCUCCCUAGUCAAUCGCAGCAGGGAUCCAGAAUUCCGCAACCGACCUCAUUACAAAGAGAUGAAGGAUGUGAUGGAUGCGCUUGACGAACUGCAGAGCAAGCCCAAUGGAACCAUCGACUUGGAAAAGGAGUCCAAACGACAUGAAGACUGGAUGCGCCGAGGCAAGAAGCUAUUCGGAAAAGCCAACGCUCCGCUGCACAUUUUGCAUCAGCACAUGCAAAUCGUGGAUGCCAGAAAUCAGGCCUGUUUUGACGUCACCGACAACCCACGAGGACCGAUAGAGCCGUCGUCCAGAGCAAAUACUCCAGAAGACGGACAACAUAUCACAGAGGGAAGCAGCUCUAGUAGAGAUGUCUUCUGUAUCUGUCGAAAGUCCGAAGCUGGUAUGAUGAUCGAGUGCGAAAUCUGCCACGAAUGGUACCAUGGCAAGUGUCUAAAGAUCGCGCGUGGUAAGGUGAAGGAGGACGACAAAUAUACUUGCCCGAUCUGCGAUUGGCGUAUCAAGAUUCCACGAGACGCCGCGCGACCUCGGCUAGAGGAAUUGCAGGCGUGGCAAGAUGAGCUGGAGACCCUACCAUUCCAGCCUGAAGAAGAAAAGACCUUGGCAAGCAUGGUCGAUCAUGCACAGACCUUCCGCGAGUUCGUCAAGAUGUACACGGAACCACCAUUCCCUCCGACCCUGGAGGAGGUAGGUGUGCUUCGCUUCUACUUGCGCAAGAUUGAAGGAGCGGAUCUUCUGUUGGCGCAGGAGACAAACUACCUGCGAAAGAUGCUGCACUUACUUGCUCCUGUGGCGCCCACCGAACCGCCAUUAUCAGAGGUGUCAAACUCGACCAGAAAGCCGCGCCCGACCAAGCAGCAGAAGCUUAUGGCCUCGCUCGGUAUCACGAACCCAGAUGAUCUACCCCAACAGUACAAGGCAAAGCCUCACAUGGCCAAAAGGAAGGCUUCUGAAGUCAUGGGUAGCCGCCAGCCGCUUCAGUCUGCAGCAAGCGCCUCUCCAACUGGGUCUGUCACUCCUGGAAUGCCGCCAUCUUCCGCAGGAUCAGCUCAGCCAUACCUCGGCGGCACGUCUCCUGCUCCGCAACAGCCGCCGGAGAGAAAGAAGCAUCUAACCGCCCUUUCGAUUCAUGUCUUGGGUCCUCUGGCCGGAGAGCAGAUCGUCGACGACUUCCUAGCUACUGAGCCACACGCGAAUCGCGAUAGGCUUCUGAAAAUCAAAGCUGUACUUGAAUUGGAGAAUGCAACUGACUUCAAGAAGGAUCUGGACACCUUUAAGGCAAAGGUCAACACAAUGCAGGCUCCUGCACCUCAUCAGCCUGGCCCUGGUUACGAGACGCCCAACGGCCGACGGUCUACUACAACUCCAACCUACGGUGGAUCUUCGAUGUUUGGCAACCCACCGCCUAAUCCUUAUGGUCAAUCGACGACGCAGGCGCCACGUUUGGGCUCGCCCGCCAACUUCAUGCAGGGUACACAUCAAUACCCGCCUCCCACGCGCUCCCCCCAAUUUGGUGCGCACAUGUUUGAUUCGGGUCCCAGCAACAUGUUCGACGUGGCACCCACAACUGACCCUGCAAAUAAGUCGACGAGCCCUGGCUUUGGUGGUCGGCCGGGUGGUGCUUCUAACGGAGGCAUUCCGAGCGGCAUGCCAGGUAAUAUGUUCGACUCGCCUAAACAGCCCGACGUGAAUGCUGCUCCUCAACAUGGCUUCUCGUCCAAUGCUGGGAUCGGCAGUCCGGGCUUUGGGGGCAGCCAGCAGAGCGCUGGCGGCAAUAUGGAUAAUGUCUUUGCCGAUCUUGUUCACGAUCAAGAUGAGAGCAUGGCUGGCUUUGAUGGUGGCCACGACGCCCACGUCGGCAUGAAUGCCAGUGCAGCGGCACAACCCCCGACGAGCGACUUUGCCAAUGCUCCUAAUACCGACUUAUCUGCUGUUCCAAGUACCGAGGCGGCUCACGACCGACCAGUGGAGGCGUAG